AUGUUAUUUGGUUUCUCGAACGAAACACUGUACCCAGCAGCUCACUGUGCUCACAGAUGUUAUUUUGUUUCUCGAUCGAAACACUGUACCCAGCAGCUCACUGUGCUCACAGAUGUUAUUUUGUUUCUCGAACGAAACACUACGUUAUUUGGUUUCUCGAACGAAACACUGUACCCAGCAGCUAACUGUGCUCACAGACGUUAUUUGGUUUCUCGAACGAAACACUGUACCCAGCAGCUAACUGUGCUCACAGACGUUAUUUGGUUUCUCGAACGAAACACUGUACCCAGCAGCUCACUGUGCUCACAGACGUUAUUUGGUUUCUCGAACGAAACACUGUACCCAGCAGCUAACUGUGCUCACAGACGUUAUUUGGUUUCUCGAACGAAACACUGUACCCAGCAGCUAACUGUGCUCACAGACGUUAUUUGGUUUCUCGAACGAAACACUGUACCCAGCAGCUCACUGUGCUCACAGACGUUAUUUGGUUUCUCGAACGAAACACUGUACCCAGCAGCUAACUGUGCUCACAGACGUUAUUUGGUUUCUCUAUUGAAACACUGUACCCAGCAGCUCACUGUGCUCACAGACAUUAUAUGGUUUCUUGAUCGAAACACUUUACCUAGCUCACUGUGCUCACAGAUGUUAUUUGGUUUCUUGAUCGAAACACUGUACUCAGCAGCUCACCGUGCUCACAGAUGUUAUUUGCUUUCUCGAAAACGCGUUCAGUAG